AUGCAGAUCUCUUGGGCUGUGUGCGCUGUCUGUGUCUUGGCACAAAUGGCAUUUCGACCCGUGGAAGGGUGGCAGGUGUUUAAAAAUGAUGCUACAGAAAUCAUUCCUGAAAUCACUGAGAACACAGAACCACCGAUGGAGCAGACUUUCAGCAACAACAACACAAUGAAUCAGGCAAAACAUGGAGGAAGACACAUACAGCAAGCUCCAGACCCUAACGAUGCUUCUGACUUCAGCUGCAGGGAGAUGAGAACCACCCGCUAUGUCACGGACGGGCCCUGCCGCAGUGUCAAGCCCGUCAAGGAGCUCGUCUGCUCCGGCCAGUGCGUCCCCUCUCACCUCCUCCCCAACUCCAUCGGCCGGGGGAAGUGGUGGCGGCAGAACGCCCCGGAUUAUCGCUGCAUCCCCGCCCACACCCGCACCCACCGCAUCCAGAUGUCCUGCCCCGAGGAAGAGACUCGGACUUACAAAUUCCGAGCCGUCACCUCCUGCAAGUGCAAGCGCUACACCCGCUACCACAACCAGUCGGAGCUGAAGGACUUCGGGAAGGACAAUGCCAGGCCUCAGAAGAACAAGAAGCCCCACCUGUCCAGAGCCAGGAGCAGCAAAUCUAACCAGCACGAGCUAGAAAAUGCUUAUUAG